AUGAGGGACGGGCAUGCGGGGCUGCACCCACGCCGCGCUCAGGUAGAGCCCGGGCGGCUCCUCCGCCUCCUGUCCUGCGUGCUCCUGCUGUGCGGCGCCGAGGUCGCGGCUCUCGCCGACUUCUCAGGUUACCUCACGAAGCUGCUGCAGAACCACACGGCCCAGGCCUGCGACGGGCAGCACCUGAGCCUGCACUGCCCUCGGCACUCCACCAUCAGCGUGCAGUCAGCGUUCUAUGGGCAGGACCCCCGCGUGUGCAGGGCUGGGCAGCCUGGAGCCAGCAUGGCAGAGCCCAGGGACUGCGUGGCACCCACCUCUCUGCAGAAAGUACUGGAUGAAUGCCAAAACCUGAGAUCCUGCCAGCUCCUUGUCAAUAGUCGGGUUUUUGGGCCUGAUCUGUGUCCAGGGACCACUAAAUUCCUCCUUGUCUCCUUUAAAUGCAAACCUACUGAAUACAAAACCAAAUCAGCAUGUGAGAACCAGGAACUGAAGCUCCACUGUCAGGAAUCCAAGUUCCUGAUCAUCUACUCGGCCACCUAUGGCAGAUGGGCACACGAGGAGAGCGUCUGCUCAACCCAGGCGGAGCACUCACCCCCCUUUGACUGUUUGUCUUACACAGCACUGGAAGUGUUAUCCAAAAGGUGCUAUGGGAAGCAGAGAUGCAAAGUCAUUGUCACCAGCCGGGAUUUUGGGAGCCCGUGCCUGCCUGGAGUGACAAAAUCCCUGAACGUCAGCUAUGCAUGUGUUCCCAAAUUCAUCCUGACAGCAGUCAACCCCCUGGUCCCUGAUAACAAGUCUUCCAUCAACCAGAACGAUGGUGUCGACCUUGAUCCAAGGGAAUCGAGACUCCCAAAGAAAGAUGGGACUGUUGUUAGCUCCAACUACUUGGCUACAUUUGCAUACAUUAGAGAUCACCCUGAAAGGCUCGCUCUGCUCUUUGUGUCCAGCGUUUGUGUGGGGCUGAUCUUCACGCUGUGUGCCUUAGUGAUCUGCGUGCUGUGUCCCGGGGACAUCCGCAAACUGCACGGGAACAGGGAUCAGCUGGUGCCACACAGUGCCAGAGCCCACAGGAGCACUGAACCACAGGAGGAGGAGGAGGAGGGGGAGGAUUCCUCCCUUUCGGACACCCAGGGUGAGACAGACGGACUGUACAGACCUCCGUACUCAGGGUAUAACUCAGCAGAGGCAGCGGAGCUGGCCGAAAGGAUCGAGCGCAGAGAGCAGAUCAUACAGGAGAUCUGGAUGAACAGUGGCUUGGAUAUGACACCCCCUAGGAAUAUGAACACAUUUUAUAUUAAUGAACAAUAAAUGGCUUAUUUUGGAUGGCACUC